AUGACAGAAGUAAUCAUCCUUCCGGUAGCUUACUGUAAGGUCGUGCUGCAUGCUCUGAAGUACCCGCACUGCGCUAUAAAUGGCGUGCUGGUCGGCAGAAAGAAGAAGGAUGGUCGUACGAUCGUCUUGGAUGCGGUGCCUUUUUUUCAUCGUUGGCUUUCUCUUACUCCAAUGCUCGAAGUAGCGCUGUGUCAGGUUGACGUGUUUUGCGAAGACAGUUCCGAACAUCUAAGUAUCGUCGGCUAUUAUCAAGCAAACGAGCACAUCGGAGACAAUAACCCAGAUGUUGUCGCUUUCCGCGUGGCCGAAAAAAUUCAGACUGCAUUUGCUGAUGCAUUUUUGCUUAUGAUCAGAAGUGGAAGUUACAAGAUUCAAAUUCGUAAGUCGAAACCACACUCCUUCACAGCUCUCAUGACGCGUUUCUUGUUCCGCUUUAGGUUCGCAAUCGAAAAUGAGGAAAAGGCAUUCUCGCUGAUCUCGUCCUGUAUUCAGGUGAAACUGCACCGCACGAUUGCUGACUUUGAAAAUCAUCUUGAUGACUUGAGUUUCGAUUUUUGGAACAUGGAUUUGACUGAAAAACUGAAAUCCUUUAAUUAA